AUGCAAAAUAUAAAAUGUUAUUCAUGUGGAGAAUUUGGGCAUAUAAGUAGAAAUUGUGUUGAGAACGGGGCAAUGUUUAACAAGCAACCGAUUAAAUGUAAUAGAUGUGGAGGAGUUGGACAUAGUAGUGAAAAAUGUUAUGUUCCGACGUAUCGUAUUAUGGGAAAUAAUCAAAGAACACUUCAAUGUGAAAGAUGUGGAAAAAUGGGGCAUGCUAAAGAGAAUUGUUAUGUAAGAGAACCGAUAAAUGGAGAAGCAUUUCCGGCAGUGAAAUACAUAGCACCUGCAUCUAGUGUGAGAGUGAUACAAAAUACUGAUAUGUUGAAAUGA